AGACCCGCCCCGGGGGACGUCGGCGGCCUGCCGGAAGUGGGUACCGGCGCGGCUCGGCUCGGCUCGGCUCGGCGCCAUGCGUUGCCACUACGAGGUGCUGGGUCUGCCCCGGGAGGCCGGUGACGAGGAGCUGCGGAAGGCGUACCGGCGUCUGGCGCUGCGGUGGCACCCGGAUAAGAACUUGGAAAACCCCGAGGAAGCAGCUGAACAGUUCAAGCUGAUCCAGGCGGCGUACGAUGUACUGAGCGAUCCCCAGGAGAGAGCGUGGUACGACAACCAUCGUGAGGCUAUCCUGAAGGGUGGGCUGGAUGGCGAGUUCGAGGACGACAGCUUGGACCUGCUGCAGUUCUUCACCAGUGCCUGUUACUCGGGUUACACUGACGACCAGGGGGGUUUCUACGCGGUCUAUCGUCAUGUGUUUGACACCAUCGCCGAGGAGGAGGUGGAGGGAGCCCCAAACCCACAGGGGCUCUUGUUCCCAUCAUUUGGACACUCCCAGAGUGACUAUCAGACGGUGGUCCACCCGUUCUACGCGCACUGGCAGAGUUUCUAUACACAGCGGACGAUGGCCUGGCGGGAGCGCUUCGACACACGGCAGGCGGUGAACCGGGGCGAGAAGCGAGCCAUGGAGCGGGAGAACCGGCGGUUACGGGACAAGGCACGCAAGGAGCUCAGCCAGGUGGUCCGGCAACUCGUGGCCUUCGUCCGGCGGCGUGACCCCCGGGUCCAGGCCCACCGGCAGCGGCUGCAGGAGCUGAAUGCACAGAGGGAGCGACGGGCGCAGGAACUGCAACGGGAGCAGGUGUUACAGCAGGCCAGACUGGCUGAGCAGUACGAGGAGCAGCACUGGGUGACGCUGUCGGAUCUGGAGAGAGAGCUGCAACAGAUGGAGGAGCAGUACCAGAAGGAGUUCGGUGACAGAUCUGACGACGAGCAGGAGGGCCCUGAGGAAGACGGUGAUGGAGGGCCAGGGACGGACAGUGCUGAGGACGAGGGUCUAUUCUGCCCUGCUUGUGAACGAACCUUCCAGACUGCAAAGGCCAUGAGGAACCACGAAAAGUCCAAGAAGCACAGGGAGAUGGUGGCCCUGCUGAGACAGCAGCUACAGGCUGAGGAACUGCAGCUCCGAGCAGCUCAGGAAAGCCAGGAGCCGCCCACAGAGCAGCCAAGACCUUCCAAGAAGCACAAGAGGAAAAAACAGCAGAAGGUGUUGGAUCCCACUGACUUCAGAACACCCGGUGCAUCAGACAGCCGGUCUGAGUCGGAGGCUGAGAGCGGUGAAGAGCACGAGAGGUGUCAGGACAGCGGUGAAGACAAUUUGCCCACAGCUGGCAUCUCACACACCGCCGAGCGGGAGGGGACAGAGGGUGGGGUGUCCAAAGAGGCAGAGGACACGGGUCAUCAAGAGAUGGUCCGGACACCGAGCCCAGCAGCACCAGAACCGGCCCCCAGGGUCUCCAAAACCAAAGGAAAAAAAGGAAAACAACAGAAACAUUUGGGGAGACGACAGGAGUCGGACCCGCUGAACUGUGUGAUCUGUAACUGCCCAUUUUCAUCCCGAAACAAGCUGUUCGAGCACUUGCGAGCAACCGGGCACGCGGCAGCAGUGCCAGACCAGAGAGCAGCUGGCAGCCGGACUUCCAGCGGGAGGCGGAAGAACCGAUAAUGCAGCCGGGCCCCAGAGUGGGCCCGCCGGGUGUACCGGGACCACCAGAGCUGCGAUUGGGAGUCACUUGUCACUGCCUGCUGCCCAGAGAGCUGAUGAGCGAGGUCCUGGGUCACUGGACACUGUACACCCCUGGCUGUCCACACAUCCCCUUCUCACUGGGUUCCCUGCCCCCCCUCACAGCCACUGUUGUCGGCUCCCAGAAUUCCAACAACGGGCAGCCUUAGUGAUAAGUUAAAGGAGCCGACCCUGUUCAGUGUGUGAAUCUUUGUGCGCGCAGACUGAGGCGGGUUAGGACGGUAGUAGAAAGAAUCUGCGUGUGCUGGGAGGGAGAGUGGAAUAACCAGUGGCAGGCUCCCACUGUGACUGGGAAUUGACAGAAUCCAGACCUCAGUGGCUACUGCUGGCCCUUUGGGAGACAUCUACCCCCCUCAAUGCCCCAGGGUGGUUGGGUUUGCUAAGUCCAUGGCCCAGCGUCCCGACCUGGUAUGGAGUGGACAAGUCACUGUGAUCCCUUUGAAAUAUUCUCCCUUCAUAGGUCCGACAGCCAGAGAUGAGGCUCCACUCUAUGCCAGCUGUGUGCCUCAGGUUCUGUACCAGGGUACUCUCAGUGGCAGGCCAGGCCAUUCAGCCCCUCUAGCCUACUAGCGUUCAGCGAGAGUGCUCCCAUAUCUCCAUUCCCUUUAGGUGGUGACGGAGAGUUGGGCUGCGGCCUUGUGGAGUGCAGGUUGUGGGAGAGAUGGGACAGCUCCCGGUCUCAUGGGGUGGGGGGGGGGG